AUGCGUGUUGAUCCAAGUUCUGGAAAACUGUAUACUCUCAUAACAACUGAGGUUUUCGGCAUCAUCCGGUCAAUGAUGCCUUUUCGCCUAACUGGUGGCAACAAAGGUUUUGCAUUCUGUUUUCAUCUAAAAUCAUUGUUUCAGAUUACAUAGUUAUUGGCUCAGACUCCGGUCGCAUUGUCAUACUUGAGUACAUUGCAUCUAAAAAUGUAUUCGAGCGUGUACAGCAGGAGACUUUUGGGAAAAGCGGCUGUCGUCGGAUAGUACCUGGUCAGUAUCUGGCAGUCGACCCCAAGGGUCGAGCUAUCAUGAUUGGUGCCGUCGAGAAGCAGAAGUUGGUGUACGUCAUGAAUCGAGACUCCCAGGCCCGCCUCACAAUAUCAUCCCCCUUAGAAGCCCAUAAGUCCAACACGCUUGUUUACCACAUGGUCGGAGUUGACGUAGGCUUUGACAAUCCCACAUUUGCUUGCAUAGAAAUGGACUAUGAAGAGG